UACUGUUGAACACCAGAAGAAGUGUUCUGAGCCUAAGCUAUAAAAAGGGGCGCUCAUCUUUUCCCGGUCUCACUCGACUCUUAUCGGCACGACGUUACGUUCUCCUGUUCUCCACAUAAGGACAAAAGUUACUUUGUGAAAAUGUCGGAUGAGGGCAAGCUGUUCAUCGGAGGUCUGAGCUUCGAGACCAACGAAGAUUCUUUGGCUGCAGCUUUCGGCAAAUAUGGAACCAUCGAAAAAGUCGAUGUAAUCAGAGACAAAGAGACAGGAAGAUCUCGUGGCUUCGGCUUUGUGAAAUACGAUAAUGUUGAGGAUGCUAAAGAUGCUCUGGAUGCCAUGAAUGGAAAGACACUUGAUGGCCGGGCAAUUCGAGUUGAUGAGGCAGGAAAGGGUGGUCGCUCCAGAGGAGGGUUUAGCUCUGGCCCACGUGGAGGCAGGUUCAACUCUGGUGGCCGUGGGGGGAGGGGACGUGGCUUCUCCAGUCGUGGUGGUAGUUAUGGCGACAGAAGCUACGGUGACAGAAGCUACGGCGACAGAAGCUUUGGUGGUGGAGACAGAAGCUUUGGCGGUGGUGGAUACAGAAGUGGAGGAUAUUCCUCAGGUGGUGGUGGUUACAGGGACAACAGGGGACAGGGUGGAUAUGGAGACCGCUCUGGAUCCUAUCGCGACAGCUAUGACAGCUAUGCGACACACGAGUAAACCUCCCUGAUUCAAGAUUCAUCACUUGGCUGGCCGUAUUUGAAAGCUGUGCUCCUCAAGGAAAAAAACAUGUCCACGUGUAUUAUGUAGUUCUGUUGUAGAAGCUUGGCAUUUGACUUAAAUGUAGCCAUGAGUUUUGGUUAUUUCUCAACCAUGUUUCAAAUUAUAAUUUAGUAGUCUUGCUCAAUUGACCACUCCCAUCGUUCAAAACAUCUGUAUAAUCUCACUACUGUACGGUCCCCUUCUUUUAUUACGUGGGGAUAAAGCAGCUAUCCACAUUGCUUUCUGUCGAUCAGUUAAUCAGCUAAUUUCUUUUGUCCAGCACUUUAAAGUGUUUUGUUUUUUAUAAGAUCUUAAUGGGGCUUUUUUUUUUGUUAUCCUUGUUGAUAAACUGACCUACCUCCUACCAAAUCUUUAAACUGAGGAAAGAACUAGCCUACUCAGAUUAACCUUUGGGGGAUUUUAUUGUCAAAUUUCUUAAACUAUUGAGAACCUUAGCUUACCCAAGGCUCAUUUUGUGUUCAAUCUCCCAAAAGAGUGAAUUCCUGGUGAACUACACAUCCGAAGUGGCCGGCUGUUCAUGAAGUUGCAAAAUGCAGCAUGCUACAGUCUGCCCAAGGUAUCUUCUGUGCUCUGCUCAACAUCUGCAUCUUAACUGUGCUGUAAAUGGACUCUUGUUUAAAGUGAUCAGAAAAUGUAACUUCGUUACCAGAGUAAACUGAACGGGAACAGUUUUUUUGUACUUUAUGUUCUUUGUAUGAUCCAAGAUUUUUUUUUUCUUUGUCAGUUUGGCUUCAUGGAGCCUAUUAAAACAAUGUGAAAUGAUCCUGAUUCCGUUGCCUCUUCAAAAUGAUCACAUGGGAAAUGUUAAGGUGGUGGCUAACUCGUUUCUGCGUGGGAACACUGUUUUAUUCCCAACAUCACUUAAAAUGGAUGUUGUGGAAGGGCACUGAAAUUUGGCUUUCUUCCAUGAAAGAUUAACUUGUGCAGCUGCUUAAUUUCUAUCAUGUAAGGUUAGGCAAAUUUUCUUUUGGUCCAGUGCCUCUUGUACAUUUGUUAAGGGAAUUUGAUUUAAAUCCUAUCCAGUGAGUUCAAACUUCCAGUGAAAUUAAAAUUGAAAGUGACAAGUUUUCAAGCCAUCAGCUGGUGUCCUGUCAGUGCUUCAGUAUGUUCAAGACCUCAGCUCCUUCAAAAACCUACAAGUCCUUGGAGAGAAGUGUUGCGCCUGCCAACAAGUGCUCAAAGAUGAAAAGCUGCUCUUGCCUAUAUCAUAAAUGAAGAAAGUAGGCCAGUGCACGUGAGGUAAAAAUCUCCUUUUGCUUUGCUCACAUCCUUGAAAAGCAGUUCUCAUUGUUUCCAUGAAUACCUACAAUUGUGUAAAGUCCUGUGCUUCAGAUGUCUCCUGCAACCAUGCCAUGGCCUCCUCCCUGAAUCAGAUAAUGCCAUAAUGAGGGAUUUUUUUUUUUAAGGAAGCUUCCGGAUUGUAGCGCUCUAAAAGUCCGCAAACAUUUGCCUCUAAGUCACGGAUAGAAUUGUGCUCGGUCAAGUUCUGUUCACCCCCAUUGCUCCUCAAAAUUUCCUCCAGUAAUAACUUUCCAAGUCACCCAUAUUACUGCAACCACACUACUGAAAUGUUUGUUCUCCUAUGGCAAGUUUAAGUGUUGCAUGCAGAAUCUUGUGCUCCCUGUGUGGUUUUAGGCCUAAUUGAUGUCUUUCUCUAGGUUGAACUGACCAACUGAGACUUGACUGGAUCUCAUCACAGUGUGGUCUGAUGGCUACAGCUGGCACAGUGCCUCAUGCAGACUCACCUUAGCAGGUCGCUCUGAAGGAGUGGGUUUGGUGCAGUCGCCGAAAAGUACUGAAGGUCCUUUUGGAUGACUUUUCAGAAACGAAUGUGUAAAACAUUAGCAACUGUGAAAUGUUUAACAUCAAAGACGAUUGAGACAUUCUGCAGCUAAUUCUCCCUUUUAUUUUUGUAAAAAUAAAGCUAAGACUGAA